CCAUAAGCUUGCUCAAGCGAGCACAGGAAUAAAACACUAACUAGCUACUGCCAUGGCAACUGCCGGUCAGCCUCUGCUAGACUCACUAAAAGCUUCUCCCCACAAACUUACUCUGUAUCUAGUUCUCUCCAUAGCUGCUAUCUUAAGCUCAGCUGCAUUACUAACCCUUCAUUUUAACCAUAUUACCCUCUCUCAUCCUCAAAUAAUACAAACCCUAUGCGAUCGUGCCACUGACGAGGCAUCUUGCCAAGCCAUGGUCUCAGAAAUUGCCACAAACACAACCAUGAAACUGAACCAUGUUAAACUCCUUCAAGUUUUGCUAACAAAAUCCACAUCCCAUAUACAAAAUGCUAUCCUUGAAGCCAACCAUGUUAGAAUCAUGAUCAAUGAUCCUGUAAAUCAAGCUGCUCUAGUUGACUGUGUAGAUUUGAUGGAGCUAUCUCUAGAUAAAAUCAAGAACUCUGUAUUGGCUCUUGAUAACGUGACAACUGAUUCACAUGCUGAUGCUCAUUCAUGGCUCAGUACUGUGCUUACUAACCAUGUCACUUGUCUGGAUGGCCUAAAAGGUCUUGCCAGGUCUACCAUGGAGCCAGGUCUCAAGGACAUAAUAACAAGAGCAAGAACCUCCCUAGCCAUGGUGGUAGCAAUAUCACCAGCGAAAAACGACCUGAUUUCGCCAUUGAACGGAGAUUUUCCAUCGUGGGUAACAAGUAAGGAUCGAAAACUUUUGGAAAGUUCGGGCAAGAAUAUUAAUGCUGAUGUAAUAGUAGCGAAAGAUGGGAGUGGUAAGUACAAGACUGUUAAAGAGGCAGUGGCAGCUGCGCCAAAUAAUGGAAAGACUAGAUAUGUUAUUUAUGUGAAGAAGGGGACAUAUAAAGAGAAUGUGGAGAUUGGAAAUAGUAAGAAGAAUAUAAUGCUUGUUGGUGAUAGCAUGGAUUCGACUAUCAUAACUGGUAGCUUGAAUGUUGUUGAUGGAUCAACAACUUUUAACUCUGCAACCGUAGCUGCUGUUGGUGAUGGAUUCAUUGCCCAAGACAUAUGGUUCCAGAACACCGCCGGCCCACAAAAGCAUCAAGCAGUGGCGCUCCGAGUCGGUUCCGAUCAGUCGGUCAUAAACCGCUGCCGCAUUGAUGCGUAUCAAGACACUCUUUAUGCGCACAGCGACCGUCAUUUCUAUAGAGAUAGCUUCAUCACAGGCACAGUAGAUUUCAUAUUUGGCAAUGCAGCUGCUGUGUUCCAGAAUUGCAAAAUAGUAGCUAGAAAGCCCAUGGCUGGACAAAAGAACAUGGUCACAGCCCAAGGCCGAACUGACCCAAAUCAAAAUACAGGAACUUCAAUCCAAAAAUGUGAUGUAAUAGCAAGUUCCGAUCUUCAGCCCGUUAAGGGCUCGUUCCCAUCAUAUUUGGGUCGGCCAUGGAAGGAGUAUUCAAGGACUGUGGUGAUGCAAUCCAAUAUAGGCGACCACAUUGAUCCUGCUGGAUGGUCAAUUUGGGAUGGGGAAUUUGCACUGAAGACAUUGUAUUAUGGUGAGUAUAUGAACAAAGGAGCAGGCGCUGGUACUAGUAAGAGAGUAAAAUGGCCAGGUUACCAUGUGAUUACUAGUGCUACUGAAGCCAAGAAAUUUACAGUAGCUGAACUGAUACAAGGAGGAGCUUGGUUGAAGUCUACUGGAGUUGCUUUUACAGAAGGACUUUGAAUAACUUAUGGAUUUGGCCUUAUGUUUCUCUUCAAAUAAAAAGAUAUUGCUUCCUUUUCUUUUUUAA